AUGAUUUGCUUGGACACCCAGGACCCAGGACAACAUCUGCUGAUGCGACGUCUGCUGUCACUCGCUCUGCGAUGCAACUUUGUCUCGGUGAGCUGUGUGACCCACACCAUGAAGCCGUUGCGCGCGUUCCCGCUGCCGUUCAACGUGGGCACCGACAUUUGCCAAAUCUCACGCGUCUACGGCAUCCUCAAGACGCCGCGGGCGACGCGCUUCGUCAACCGCAUCCUGGCGCACGAGGAGCGGCCGCGGUUCGGCGCGCUGGCGAGCACGCUGCCCUUGAUGCCCAAGCCCGAGAGCCUGCGCGCGCGCGGCGACGACGGCGGCCACCACCACGAGGCGCUGUCGGCGCGGGACCCCGACGGAUGGAAGGCGGCGGCGUUUCUCGCGGGACGAUUCGCCGCCAAAGAAGCCGCCAUCAAGGCGCACACGCACAGGCAGCUCACCUUUCACGACGUCGUCAUCGAGAGGCGCGCCGUGGCCGCCGUGGCCCGGACGGAGACGCUGGGCAGCGGGCCGCCGGUCGCGAGGAUCAGAGCGGCGGACGGGGCGGGCGAGGACGAGAGCGCCAUGGUUUCCAUCAGCCAUGAUGGUGACUACGCGACGGCGGUGUGCCUGGCGCACGACCCGAGCGUGACGGGAGAAUAA